AUGACACCUAAUUUGAUAUUUUUAAAUAUUUAUAAUUAUUGGGCUUUGAGGUCACGAAAGAUAAGAUCUAUUCAUCCUCAUUAUGAAAAGCGACAAAAGGAAUUACAGCAAUUACUUGUUACUUGGCUCAUAGCAGAUUCACAUCCUUUAAUUAUUGUUCAAAGAGAAACUGCUGAAUAUUUAGUUAAUUGCAUUUCAGAUUGUAGAACUCAGUGGAAUAGUUCUUAUUUAGCUUGGAUUCAAUUAGUUCAAAUUAAGAUUUAUAUUGAGCUUUUGAUCAUUUAUCUUACAUCACAUGAUAAUUCUAAUGAUCAACUUUUACAAGUUCUUGGACCAUUCGAAGAAUCUUAUGCAUUAGGUUGUAAGAGAAUUGAAAAUAUUUUUAAAUCAAAUCAAGUAAAUGAAGAUGAAUCAUAUAAUAUUGAAGAUUACAAUGCAUUUGAUGAUUAUGAGAAAGAGGAAUCAAAAAUGAACAAUCUCGAAUUAAAAUCAGUAUUUGCAUUACUAGACCCACAUCUUAAAUCACUUGAUUAUAUGGACAAUAUGAAUAGAAUUGCUGUUAAAAAUUUUUUUAGACAAUUAUAUGAUAACGAAAAAACUGUGGAGAUAGAUCAAAAUGAAAAAGAGCUUGAUGAUAACAAUCAAAACUUGGAAAAACAAGUAUCCGAUGAAUUUAUAGUUAUUGCAAAUCCACUAUAUAUAUUAUACUUGUUAAAAUCAUUAGAAAAAGAGGAUUGCCCAAUAGAUAAUGAAAUUGAUAAAUACAUGAGACAACCUGAAAUAA